UGUCGUACAGAGCAUCGUCUUCUUCCAAAACCCCUAAUGUUCGACAGGCUGCCUUGUGUAAAACCAGGUUGAAGAUGGGCUGGAGGCAGUUAAUCUUCAAAGCAAGGCCAUUUUUAUUUCAAUCACAGCCGCCACAGACGACUCCUGGGUUGUUCAGAUUCUUCUCCAAGUCCACAACUCCUUAUAUAGUCAAGGUUGGAAUACCGGAAUUUCUAAAUGGAAUAGGGGGAGGGGUCGAAGCCCAUGCAGCGAAGCUUGAAUCUGAUAUUGGAGACCUUCAUAAACUGCUUGUUACUCGUACGCUUAAACUGAAGAAACUUGGCAUUCCUUGCAAGCAUAGGAAGCUGUUGUUGAAGUACACCCACAAAUAUAGAUUGGGACUAUGGAGGCCUAGAGCUGAACCUGUGAAAGCCUGAUAAGUUUUGGGGCGGCUUAUUCUCCGAGGAGCAACACUAAGUGUACAAACAUUUCCAUAUGAAACUAUGGCAUUUGAGGAGUUUUGUUCUCUUUUGCUCUUUAAGGUCUUUCUUAAACUUUCAGAGACAAGGUUUAGCUCAGAAUUAAUAACAUGGUAAAUUUAGUGAACAAACAGGCUGGUCUGUAGUGCCUGCAGGCCCUGCACUGAGUAGUGUUCUAUUAUGGAACAUGUGGAAUUUCGUGGGUUUUUUAACUUCUCUUUCUUUGAAAGUGCUUAUAAUGCAAGCUGAAAUGCUGAAUCCCUAAUAAUGUGAACAAUGGAGAUGGAAAUGGAAUGCAUUGGUGCUGAAAUAAUGAAAUGAAAGCUUAUGUUUUGAACGUUGCA